AUGAGUAAAGUAUCUGGUGAUGUUUUCACAGAUGAAGUUCUUCGCAGCAAACUUCAGACAAUAGAGGACGGACUUAAGAAUGCAAGCUCGGCCAAUCAAUUAAGAGUGUUGGAGGGGAGAAUUGAAGCGCAAAAAUCGACAGUUGAUGACGAACUUCAUCAUUUCUGCUUGGAGCAUAAAACAAGCCACGAAUCACAAAUCAGAGCAUUAGAGAUGUCUAGGAUAGAAUUAUCCUAUGCAUGUGAGAAAUCAAAGCAGCUAUCGGAGAUGUUAGCGAAGACCAGUAAUAUGAGCAGUAAGAUAACUGCAAAAGUGCGGAUCUUGGAUACGGAAGCAUCGAAAUUACAGAAAUUGAAACAGUACGUUGAUAAUGUGCGAUCUUUAAAACGCGCAAUUCAGGAAGUAGACGAAAGCAUCAGGCACGAGAAAUGGAAGGAGGCAGCUGUAGCUGUUGAAAUUAUUAGAAAGUUACCCGAUGGAUUGCUUGAAGAUGAAUACGUGAAGACUGUGGUUCCGUCAACUGAAAUUUCAGACAUGCCAACUGAUUUACUGCCAAAAUGGAUAGAAUCGCUUAAGCAAACGUUUACCAAAGGGUUCGAAAAAGCGUCAGAUGCGAGAAAUGCCGAACAAAUAACUUAUUUCUUUCAGCUUUUCCCUCUAAUCGGCGAGCAGGAAAUCGGAUUAAAGUGCUACUCAAAGUUUGUGUGCACCAUAAUCAGCGAGCAGUCGAGAGAAAUUCUUAAGGAUAUACAGGGCAAGUCCAACCUGAAGCAGAACUUUUACGCUGACAUACUUUUCCAAUUCUAUCAGACUAUAGCUUCAAUUGUGAACCAGCAUUCACCGUUAAUCAAAAAGUUCUACGGCAAGGAUGCCUUGCGGCCCAUCCUUACACGAAUACAGGCAGAGUGCGAUUUACAAAGUGGAAUGAUUCUCGACAUUUUUUUGGAGGCAAGGAAAAUCGACGAAGUUGUCGACCAGAUACAGAACUACUCAUAUCCAAAAUUGGUUGACAUCAUAUACAACCAUUCUGCGUCUUUGAAUGGCCAACUUUCUGAUGGGGAAUCAUCAACCUCACCUAACAGGAUGUCUUUGGACCAUGGAGUUAGAGAGUCGAUAGACGCGUCUGUCUCACAGUUUGUCUUGCCCUCUUUGGCCGAUAUCGGCAAGCUGACGGAUGAACUUUCAGCCAUGAUGAAUCACUGGGAGAUGUACUCAAAGUUUUAUGCUGUAUCUUGGAAUAAUUCUUUUGAGAAACCGUCCUUAAUUCCAGGAAACGAUACAAUAUAUCCGUUUCCACUUGUUUCGUCCCCAUUCUUGAAGAAGAUAAGCGAGACUGCAACGGUGAAAUUUGACGUUUUAUGCACAUUUGCUGUCAGAAGAACACUUGAAAAGGCAUGCGAGAUCGAGGAAAUACCAGCUUUAAUAAAUGAGCUUUCGACAUGUGUGAAGUAUCUUUCUGGCCUCCAUGGGUACUCAAGUAGAGGAUCAUCUUCUGGAAGUUCAUUACAGUCAUUAAUCCCAGAAGAUGCACCGAUAUCAUCGAUAGUAGAUGAUAUGACGAUGUCGUUGAAUGUGAUAUUGACGGAGACACUUUCUACAGGACAGUUAAUAAGCAUUAAGGCGAUGAUGUCGAAUGUGAAGCGUAUAAUAAGCAGUGAUUUUAUAAAUGUGUUCACGGAGAAAUUCAACAGUAUUGCACUUCGUAAUAAUGCGACACUUUUGACGCCCAAAAAUCUCAUGAAGGUGCAAGAGUCUCUUACUGGUCAGAAAGCACAACUUGACGGGGAGAAACAGGGAGUCAAAGGGCUUGCAUUACCUGAUAUUCCAUUUUCAGGCAUGGCUCUCGUGAAGAGCAUCAAUAAAGCCAUAAAUAUAGCCAGCGAGGAGGUUGGUGCUGGUGCUGAAGCAGGAGCUAAAGCAUUGGGUGGAUAUAUCGUGGCAUUGAACUCGAUAUCAUCAUUUGCUCAGUACUUGAAAGAGCUUGCGGAUCAUCUAGUGGGCUACUUAGAAAGACAGGGUCUUUUGAUAAUUGACGAUCAAGUUUACAAGAGGACGUUGCAAGAAAUGGAGGAGCCAGAUGUACAAAUACAACCGAUAAGUGUAAACUUGAAGAGUCAAAAGGGAUCAAAGCUAGGCCCAUCUGUUCAGGAUCGUAUAGAAAGCGUUAUAAGGUCGCUUGGGUCUGAUUUUGGUGACAAGGCAGACGAGAUCCUGACGGCUAGAAUUGAAUACUUAUUCGAUACUGUAAUCAGAAGCAACACAAUUGAAAUGAUUAGUGAAGCAUUUCCAGAGAACUCGUACAUGGCUUCAUCAGAAACGUUUUCUGGAGAUGCAAAUAACGCUUCCGAGCGUGUGGUGACAUUUUUGGAGCAGUGGAAUAAGCUUGUGGUUCCAUAUUUGGCAACAUUAACAAAACAAAACUUCAGUAUUUUAAUCAGACUUAUUGUGAAGGUUGUGGCUUCAUCUUUGGAGUCGAAAAUCUGGAAAAUGAACGGAAAUUGCAACGAACUUGGAGCUGCCAGUCUUGAAAGAGAUGUCUCCCUUCUUAUUAUCGAGAUUACAAGGUUCGACUACACACUUCGGGAAAGCUUUGUGCGUGUGACUCAAAUCAUUAUGCUUAUGGGAUUAGAUGAUGAUGAAGAUAUUGACGAUCUCCAAGAUCUUGAUUGGGCACUUACUCCCUCUGAAAGAGUCCGUGCUCGGAAUCUUCGUUUAGACAGAAGCUGA